AUGAACUUUCAUUAUACAACAUCUACGACGCACCGUCCACAAACAAAAUCUUCACAUUUCAACGAAGACGCACGCUGUGAUAACGAGGUCAAUUUGAUCCUAGAAAAAAAUAAUACUCAACAUUUUAUUGAACAAUCAUCAAUCUCCAAAGACCAACAACAAAGUGUUGUCGUAAAUCAAACAGAUCAAUACUAUUUUAUGCCAAUUCGAGAGUUAAAUUCAACAAUGGCUUUACCUUCAUCAAAUAAUACUAAUACUAAUAAUAAUAAUAAUUCUAAUGUACUUGAUAGUUCAUCAAUAUUAUUAACUGAUCUUAAUAAUCCGUCCACACAAAAUCUAUUUGAUUAUUCAUCAUCAACACCAACUAUGAAUACAAUAGAUUUAUCAACAGUGAAUAAAUCUAAUACUAAUAAUAAUUUUAAUUUAACUGAUGCUGAUCUUGCCGCUCUAUUUGUAUCAUCUAUUGUUUCAACAACAACUAUUGAUAAUGAGAAUGAACUAUCAAGUAAUAAUAAUAAUAAUAAUAACAAUACAUUAGAUGAUGUUUUUUUACAACAAGUUAAUGAACUUGUUGAUUCAUCACAACCAAAAUCAAUUGGACCACCACCUGGUUUUGAAAAUUAUCAUUUUAAUAGAUCAUUAUCAUCGGAUAAUUCAAAAACAAUAUCAUCAAUUAGUAAUGUUGCUAUUCAACCACAAGUCUCUUCUUCAGAUACAAUCAAUUUUAGUCAGUUAUUACAAUCGACAAUAGUCGAUGCUCCACAGCAACAACCAAUUGGUGGUAAUGUUCAUUCAUCAUCAUCAUCUCAUUCAUCAUUUACAUCCGAUGAACAAUCUAUAUUUUUUCCAAUGACUAAUCAUCAUUACUCAUCAACAUCAUUAUCAAGUCAGAUUUUCUCCACUAAUAAUACACCUUCUUCAUCUACAACAACAACAACAACAAAUAAUUUAAUUAAUUCUAAUACUAAACCAUAUACACCCAAUAGUCUUUCAUUAAAAACGAAAAAUUUCUCAUCAAUUGAUACAAGUAAUAUAAAAAGUCCUAUAUCAACAAAAUCAAUCGAUGGUGAUUUAAUAAUAAAAUCUACGAAUACAACAUCAAGCCAUAUAUUUUCAUCACCAAACUCAUUUUUUAGUAAUAGUCAUAGAGAUUUUGCUUCAACAAAACCAUUAAUAAGUAAAACAUCAUCAACAAAUCGUCAAUCAUCAUCAUCAACUUCAUCAUCAACAUCAUCAUCAAUUGAUGAAGCACUUAUUCAAUUAAGUCAACAACAAAAACAACAACAAUCACAUGUACCAACAGUUAAUAAAUUAUUUUAUGAUGAAUCUUUAUCAAUAUUUAAUUAUUCAUCACCACAAAAGACAACAAUGACAAAUAUUGAUAAACAACAAAAUAUUGUACAUGAUAAUAUUAAUUUUCUUGCAUCAAUGGCAGUUGCAUCAACACCAGAACCAUCUUGGCAACAAACAACAGUUCCAUCAAAUAUAAAUAUAAAACAUAAAAUGCAAUCAUUAUUAAUUGAACAACAACAACAACAACAACAAACUAUGUUAUCACAAUCACCAUCAAGAAAUCUUUCGACUAAUAUGCAUGAAUUAAUGGAAAAUUUAAAUGAACUUUGUUAUCGAGGUUUCGAUGAACUUAAUGCACUUAUACAAGAACAACGAUGGGUAGAAAAUUAUCUUAAUGUAAAUUCACCAUCACAUCCAUCACCUAGUUCACCAUUAGUAAAUAUAAAUGGUACAAAUUGUUGUUCAUCACGAAUACUUGUUGUACCUGAAUAUUUUAUAUUUAAAUGUAAAAAAAUUGAAAUUACUGCAAGCGAUACUUAUGAAUUAUUAUCUAUUGGACGACCUGAAUUACGUUUACGAGAUUUAAUGUUUGUUUUUAAAUCAUGGAAAGAAUCAAUAACUAAUGCUGAACUUGUUCAUCAAGAAGAAGAAACAAGAUUAAGACUGAAUACUGAACAUCCUCAUACAUAUUAUAUGAAUGAAACAGUUUUACAAGCAGCGUUUGAUCAUAUAUCCUAUGCAAUUCGACAAUUAAGUAAUAUGACUCAACAAGCUCGUGCUGCUUUUCAAUAUGCUACAUUAAAUGUCUUUCAAAUGUCGUCACGACAACAACAAAGUCAAGGAUUAUCGAAUAGUUCCUUGUCAUCAAAUAUAAUUGCUUUUGCUCAAUUACAAGCAAUGCAACAACAAAAAUCAUCAUCAUCAUCAUCAUCAUCAUCAAUUCAUCGUAUAAGUGGUUCUUUACGUACAACACCUUAA